CGUCAACAUAGAUACAAUGUCAUUUUUUUUUCUUUUUGAAGAAUUCUGCCUAUAUAUUUUAUUUUACCAUCUAAUUACUACAAUAGAAUUUAACUGCUACUACCACACUGGUCUUGUCUCCAGUGACCAAUAGGGUAAACACCAAAAUAAUACCACACAUAUACAUUAGAUGGUACCCGUGCUUUGCUACGGAUAAAUAUAUUUUUUUAAUGAAGUGUGCUAUCCAUUAUUUGCUACGGGGAAUAUUCACUUAUUUUGAUUCUAUAUUUGUCUAAACUUGAUUGCCUUCAAUAUCAAGAUGUUCAAGAAGUGAUUUACUCCAUAAAAUUUACGACGGAAAUACUUACAAUGAUAGAUUUCACUAUCCCUAUCACUGAAGCCUUUUUAAGUAUUAUUGAUAAAUACAUUUUGCCAAUGCCAAGCUAGCUGUGGCUGCUAAGGAAAUUAAUACUACUACUACUGGUCUAACUUGACUCAUUCCUAUACCAUGUGUAUGCGUGUGUGAUAUGGACACUCCCUCCUAUCCAAAUUCCAACUUUCUUUGUUGUCUCACUUUCCCUUUUUCCACUUCUUUUUAAACUUUUUCUCACCUUUGAGCUGUCCCUAUAUACACAACAUUUGACCAAGAUGAUGACGACUAAACAAGUUGCAAAACUCAAAUCCACAAGUGUAGAUGUCCAUUGAUCUUAGAUCGGACGUAAGUGGCCCACGCAGUUGCACGACUUAAAUUUAUAUCGAUAAUAGUGUCGACAUUAACGUGAUAUGGGCUACAACUUGAGAUAGCAAUUGGAAAAUUAGCAAGAACCAAGGGUGGCGCCAAUGGACACCGGAGAGGAGGAGGCGGCGGCGGCGGUGGCGCGGUGGGGAGACAUGGACGCCGACUGCCUCGUCGAGAUCUUCCGGCGGCUGCCGCUCGACGACGUGGCCGCGGCGGCGCCGCUGGUGUGCCGGUCGUGGCGCGCCGCGGCGCGCGACGCGUCGCUGUGGCGGGCGCUCGACCUCCGCGGCGGCGGCGGCGCCGCCGCGCGCUUCAUGCCGUGGUCGCCGCUGGCCGCCGCGUUCGCCGCGCGCUACGGCGUCCGCCGCUUCACCUUCGCGGGCUACCUCCGCCUCUGCGUCGCGCGCGCCGCGGGCCGCGCCGCCGAGCUCGCCCUCCCGCCGCUGCUCGGCGCGCCCGACCUGGACCUCGUGUCGCUCCGGUGCACGGAGCUGAGGAGGGUCGCCCUCCCGGCGCUGUCCGCCGCCGACGACGCGCGGCUGCCCGGCCUCGUCGCGCGGUGGCGCCGCCUCGAGCACCUGGAGCUCGAGCACAGGCCGGCGUCGUUCCCGGCGACGGCGGCGCGCGUCGGCGCCGGUUGCCCAGGCUUCUCCAGCCUCAAGAUGGCCGGCGCCAUCCGCGACGUGGACGCCGCGGCCAUGGCGGCGUCGCUGCCGCGCCUCAAGCGCCUCUGCCUCGACGGCUGCUACCUGCCAAGGCACGAGCUCCUCGCCGUCAUCCAUGGCUGCCUCGAGCUGGAGUCGCUGAGCGCGAAGCACUGCGUGGGGUUCGACGAGGGAGACGAGGAGGUGGCGAGGGAGGCCGCCAUGAUCGGGAGGCUCGAGGUUGGAGGGUCGAGAUUGGUCGACAAGUUUGACCAGCGUGACGUGGACGGCCUGGAUGAUGACACGUCGUCCUACGUGGACGUCAUGUGAUCUCGCUGUCUGUGUCGCCAGUUUGCCUGGAUGUAAAAAUUUGCUUUGACAUUUCGGUUGUUGCGGUUGGGUCCAUUUGAAACGCAGGAAUUCUACUUGAUUCGGCUUCAGUAAAAUUCACGCGUUUCAAAUUGAUUGUAACUUGUAAGUCGUAUUAUGACAUCAUAAUUUUUUUUUGUUUAGGGCUUGUUUGGAACAAACGAAUUUCAUAGGAUUUGUACGAGAACUGAGCUUGAUUCAUGUGAAUAUCAUACAAAUUACUGGAGUAUCAUAUUUGGAGA